AUGUCCCCCAAUGAUGGCGAAAACAUCGCCAAUGACGGUGAUGAACCUUCACUCUCCAAGCCCUUGUUCGAGGAUAUCGGACCGUUGAGCGAUCCACUGGAGCGACAGGCGAUUUUUGCUGCUCUAGACUCAUACUACCAGUAUCGGAAAAACACACACUACAACACCACGCACCGACGCCGUCAAAACCUCUAUGCUCUCCCUUCGUCACAAUGGCAACUGCUCUCCAAACCGCCCAUUUCUCUUCUGGACACUCUAUCGGCCAUCGACGACGCAAUCGACUACAACGCUGACCUCGCCGACGCAAUCCUCGAUCUGGGCCUGAGCUCGUUCGGUCUGGACGAGCAGCAAAGGCAACAGUCUAAUGACCCAGCCUUGACAUGGCGCGGCGCCGCCAAACCCAACGACCUCUCCAAAGCACAUUCGACCAUCCGGCAAUUCUACCGCGACUGGUCCUACGAAGGGUUCACGCUCGAAGUCAAACCUCUUCUCGACACAGUCCUCUCCGACCUCCAGGCCAACCUCCCACUCAACCCAACCUCCACAACAACGACUCCAGCAGCACCACCACCACCAGAACUCCUCCUCCCCGGAGCCGGUCUGGGCCGCCUACUCUUCGAACUCUGCCGAGCCGGCUACAACGCCACGGGCAACGAGAUCUCCUACCACCAACUCCUCGCCAGCAACUUCAUCCUCAACUGCACGACCCACGAGGACCAGUACGCCAUCUACCCUUCCGCGACGACCUUUACGAACGUCACGUCCCGCCGGAACCAACUCCGGCGCCACACGAUUCCGGACGUCCAUCCUGCCACGGCGAUCCAGGCGCGUCUCGACCAUGGUCUCCCCGUGGGCGAAAUGAACAUGGCAGCAGGCGACUUUAUCCUCUCGUACUCGACGGCCGAAUGUAGACACGCGUUCGACGGCGUGGUCAGUGUCUUCUUCAUCGACACGGCGCCCAACCUUAUUCGGUACAUUGAAACCGUCCGGAACUGUCUUAGACCAGGUGGUGUCUGGAUUAAUAUUGGACCGUUGCUGUGGCAUUUUGAUGAUCGCGUUCACGGCGGAGACAAGAACAGUAACGAUAAGAGUAACGGCGAUGACGAUGAUGACAACGAUGACGAUGUUGAUCGUAACAAUGAGACGGACGCCAACACUCACCCUCACUCUCACUCUCAUGACGCCCAACGUCAUCAUUCCCCUCCACAUGGACGGCCACAUCCACAUCCACAUCAACGUACCCAUCCCGCGGAAAUUGAAGACAAAGGCAUAGCCGAGCCAGGGUCGUUCGAACUCUGCGACGAAGAAGUAAUCCAACUCCUUUCACAAUGCGGGUUUGAAAUUCUUCGGCAUGAGAUUCUUGGAGGAGAUGAAGAUGAAAACGCCAUUGACCCAGCAUCAACGACAGCAUCACGAGCGCCAUUCGGCUUCGGUCUCGGGUACAUGCAAGAUCCAUCGAGUCUUCUACAGAACCGGUACAGAUGCAGUCACUGGGUAGCGCGACGCAAGGCGUGA